AUGGUUAAUAAGUACAAGCUCGUACGAUCGUUACUUAUUGUUUGGAUUUAUCGUGGGAGAGGAAGAAGGCAGUUAUGGAGUUGCUCUACGUCGCCGUAAUAUUCGCGUCGUUCUCGAUAACACCGAUCACGACUGUUGACUGCAAGAACGAUGUAUGCGCGCUUAAAGGUUUCCGGAACGUUGCGUGCCUGUACGUGAACUGGACACUAGGACCAAAGUGCAAGAAGGUUUAUUCGACGUUUAUGACGGAUGAGGAGAAGGACGUGGCCGUUACUGCUCUGAACGAAGUCAGAAUGAAGGUGGCCAUGGGUCUGGAGAAAAGGGGAAAUCCGGGGCCGCAACCGGCCGCGUCGAACAUGCGGAUACUGGUGUGGGACGCGGAGCUGGCCUUUAUCGCUCAAAGGUGGCUCAAUCAAUGCCUGUUCUAUCUCCCGAAUUGCGUCGACGUUGGUCGGUUCGAGGCGGGACAAUUUUUUGUCGCAACUGCGAUCAAUGCGGAUUCGUUCAAAAAAUCCAAUGUCGUUUUAAUCAAAGAGUUGAUUGAAUUCAUACACUCUGAGGUAGAGCACGUGAACGCUAGCAUGGUGUGCAACUAUAGGUACAAUCCGAAAGCGAGUGCCUUUAUUCAAACAAUAUGGGCAAAAACGUACAGGGUGGGCUGCGGUAAAAUCAUACAUCGUACGGACUUGCUGGACUUUAGCAUGAUGUGCGUGUUCGGUCCGCGAGGUAACGUGGAGGGGCAACCGGUUUACCAAAUGCUAAGAUAG